GACUCGCUUGUGCCCGGCUGCGCCACCACCGCCCCCUGCCGGGCGUCCGUACUCGCAGGCAGUUCGCCCCGCAUUCCCGGCCGUGUCCCCGGCCCGUAGCCCAGUCUGGCUCAGGGCCUCCAAGGCUGGGGUGUAUUGGAGGAAUCUGAGCGGAACUCACUCUUCUCCUCUUCCCCAGGUGGCCCUGGACGCGCCAGGCUGGGGCCGCCUGUGAGCGCCCCGCGGGGGCCAUGGAUGUCGAGACAGCAGACGAGCAGGGGGGUCCCGCGCCACCGCCAGGUGCACCCUGCAGACUCGGCUCAGCCGGGGCUCCGGCCCUCGGGGGACGGCGGGAGCCCAAGAAGUACGCAGUGACCGAUGAUUACCAGUUGUCCAAGCAGGUGCUGGGCCUGGGCGUGAAUGGCAAGGUGCUUGAGUGCUUCCACCGGCGCACCCGGCAGAAGUGUGCUCUGAAGCUCCUGUAUGACAGCCCCAAGGCCCGGCAGGAGGUGGACCACCACUGGCAGGCCUCUGGUGGCCCCCACAUUGUGCGCAUCCUGGACGUGUAUGAGAACAUGCAUCACAGCAAGCGCUGUCUCCUCAUCGUCAUGGAAUGCAUGGAAGGAGGUGAGUUGUUCAGCAGGAUUCAGGAGCGUGGCGACCAGGCUUUCACUGAGAGAGAAGCUGCAGAGAUCAUGCGAGAUAUUGGCACCGCCAUCCAGUUCCUGCACAGCCAGAACAUCGCCCACAGAGACGUCAAACCUGAAAACCUGCUCUACACAUCCAAGGAGAAAGAUGCAAUACUCAAGCUCACUGACUUUGGCUUUGCCAAGGAGACCACCCAAAAUGCCCUGCAGACACCCUGCUACACUCCCUAUUAUGUGGCUCCUGAGGUCCUGGGCCCAGAGAAGUAUGACAAGUCAUGCGACAUGUGGUCCCUGGGCGUCAUCAUGUACAUCCUCCUAUGCGGCUUCCCACCCUUCUACUCCAACACGGGCCAGGCCAUCUCCCCAGGGAUGAAGAGGAGGAUCCGCCUGGGCCAGUAUGGCUUCCCGAAUCCUGAGUGGUCAGAGGUCUCUGAUGAUGCCAAGCAGCUGAUCCGCCUCCUGCUGAAGACGGACCCCACAGAGAGGCUGACCAUCACGCAGUUCAUGAACCAUCCCUGGAUCAAUGAGGAGAUGACCAGUGCUCUGGCAACCAUGCGAGUGGACUACGACCAGGUGAAGAUCAAGGACUUGAAGACCUCUAACAACCGGCUCCUCAACAAGCGGAGAAAGAAGCAGGGAGGCGGCUCCUCAGCCUCACAGGGCUGCAACAACCAGUAGCUCACGGGGCGUUGGAGGAGUCAGCCUCUCAGCCUGGGGGACAGACUGGAGUGUGCUGAGGCCCUGACCCACAGCACCCAGGGUCAUUUUUUUAACAAAAGGAUGAUUUUGUUGUCUUUUAAUGUAUCUCUUGGAACUUCAAGAUGGGAGACCAUGACCCCAAAUCUCCUCCAGAGACCCAGAGAAGGGCCAGAGCCUGGGGGCCAGGGAGCCACCUGCUGCAGUUACAGCCCCUUUGGCCAGAGUGGCCUGAGUGAGCCAGGGCUCAGUCCUACCCUGGGGCACAGCAUUAGACUUCUAGGCCACUAGGAGUUAUGGCUGGUCUUCCCUCCUUCCAUGGAGUGCACCCCCCCCAACACCCCCCCUCCACACCCUCGCCGUGGGCAAAUGGGCCUGGCCUUGGGAAAGGCAUCUGGCCAUUGGUUGCCAUGGUGACCAGGGACAGAGUUUCUGUCUGUGAAUGCUGAGUGAGUGAGCAAGGGAGGGAGAAGGGGCAAUUGAGGGUCCGCCUCUGCCUUCUCGGGGAGGAUGGUCUCCCUUACACUGCUUGCCCGUCUCAAACUCCCUGCUCUUUGGUCUCCUUGAGGCUGCAGGGUCAGUCUGCCUGCCUUCUGAGUGGUUCAGCCCUGUCUUGCUGCAACCCCAUCCCACAGGGCCCUUGGAGCUCUCCCUCCACGGAGUCCCUGGGCCCAGCCAUCCUGUUACUACCUAACCCCUACCCAAAGAGUGGCCUCUCAUCUCAACUGAGGGUGGGAGGAGUUUUUAACCCUUUUCUACUUUGGAAAAUGUCACUGUGACAAAAGCCAGUACAGUUCUCCUGUCCCCACCUGCUCACUGGAUCCCAAGCAGGACUCCAUAAUGGUUCAUCCUCCACCCUGUCCUGGUAGACGGCAGGGGCUGUCUCCUGGUGUAUUUUUGUGAGAGUGGAUGGCAAGGGGCAGGGCCAAGAGGCUCCCCAUUAAUCACGGGUCUCUUUCUAUAUUCUGGGUCAGACCUGAGGCUGCUGACUGAUGCUUAGGUCUGGUCUUGUCUUCAGCCUGAGUCAGAGUAGAGAGGGUCCCUUCCUUGCUGGUCCAGGCUUACCCAGCCCCCCCACUGCCCAGGGUAGCCUCUGGGUGCUGAGUGCCUGAUAUGGGCCUGACAAGUGCCUGACACCCAGCCAGGUUCCUGGUUCCUGACCCCUUUCUCACUGGCUGGGAAACCCCAGACUGUGUCAGAUAAGACAACACUGCUGAAUUUUACAUCCAGAUAUCAAUAAACACCAUUUUGGCAUUUUCCCCUGCCUCCUGGGUUUCUCUUUGUCUACAUGAGUGUACAAAAGUGGCCCAAGGGCAGCUGUUCACACCCACUAGUGAUUUAACCCCUCCUUGAGAGGGUGCCUCCGGCCUGGUAAACAUGCCAGGCUGAGUCCAGGGCCACUGUG